AUGGAUGCUACAAAUGACACCGAUGCUCUAGCCCCUGCUGCCGAACCAAGAACGCCGAUGUCGACUCCGGCAUCAGGUCCGGCGUCCCCUGGCGUGACACCCGCCCACCAAUGCAGACAAUGCCGUGCUUCCUUCUGCCAACCCCUAGGUUGCGGCCAUGUCUACUGCAACCAGUGCGUUGGCCUUCACCACAUAUGCCCCGAGUGUGAUCGCCACACUAUUGUGCCUUCCAAGCCCUCAUCAGAACAUUAUCUCACCCUACGACUAAUACAUCUACAUCUUUUCACGACCUAUGAUGCGCUGCUAUCCUGUCUGUAUUCCACGUGCCAUACAAUGCGGCUACGUUUCGCAAAGGCUGACAGAUGGGGAUGA